GAUAAAAUAAAAUGUAUGAAUAUGCAAAGCCUAUCCUAAUCCUCUUGAGGUGGAGGAAAUUUUGUCAAAAAUUGAGCCACUUGAUCCUCCAAAAUAGACAUCCUAGACCCCAUACUAUGAAACGCAUCGUGGACCUCUACUUGACAACCUCAGAAUUCAUCUCCCAAAGAGUUAAUCGCACCAAGAAGCACGUUACUUAGCUCGUCUGAAAUAGGAGCAACUUGAGAGGAGCCAACUGAAUGAGUAGGAGGAGGAGCUGGAACCUCAUCGUGACUGCCCUCAACAUCUUCAUCAUCUUGAGCUGUUGGUAUCGAAUGAAGAAGAGAAGUCUUUUGCUCCACUAGAUCUAAUUCAAUGUGGUGGAGCAUUUUUUUUCAAUUCAGAAAUUAUCAUAGCAAGUAGUCUGCUCCAACGCAAAUUUCAUGUUCAAUGAAGCUACACAAGAAAAAAAACCCCUAAAAAUAAUGGUAACUAAAUUUAAGAGAAAGAAAGGAGAAAAGAGCGAAGAAAUUGCUUAGAGGCUAAAGAAAAACUCUCGUACCAAGUCGGGCUGUUCCUUCAACAAAUAGCUUGCAUUUGUCGUCUCGGGUACCGAAUCUAGAGGGAGACAGCGAAGGAAGAAUAAUAAGAAAUUGUUGAUCGGUUCUAAUAUCCAAGACGAUAAUGUCAAAAUCCAAAUCAUGGCUAAGUUUAUCCUGGGUUUUCGUUAUACAACUCCUUUUUCAAUCGUCAUCGACAAUUGCUGCCACCAGAAAGGAGAUUGGCUUUCCAGAGAGGCGCAUUUGCAGAACAACAGUUCAAGGAAGAUAUUUAUUAUCUGAUGAUAAUGGCUAUGUGUGUGAUGCUCUCUCAUUGGAUCCGCAGUACCGUUGCUGUCCUGAAAGAGGAGACAAAUUCUCUUGCCGUGGAUGCAACGUUCUUUCACAGUGUUGUAACUCCUAUGAAUUUUGUGUUUCAUGCUGCCUACACCCUGCACGAACACAAAAGGAACAAGUUUUGAAACUAAAAAUAGCUAAGCCAUCUACAUCAGGGACAUAUCUCAGUGUCUUUGACUUUUGUGCUGGGAGGUGUCGGCAUAACUCUGAAAGUGUGGUUCAUGAAAAUGCCUAUGUUAAUGAUUUUCAUCAUUGCUUUUCUUUGCCAUCAAAUUCUUCUGGGUCAUCCAUCUCACCUGUAGAAGCCAGACUGAAUGGUAUUAAUGUUGUCAUUGGAAGGCAAGGAGAGUCUUGUGAUUCAGUUUGCAAGUCAAAUGGACAAUCAUGCGUACUAAAUAAGCUUUUGAUACUUAACCAGUGUGAUAUUAUCCAGAAAUAUAUGAGCUGCAAAGGAGCAUGCUUGGCAAGCAUUGGACCCGAUCAACCUGCUGAAGUUGUAGAUGAUGCUCCCAAAAAUUUGAAUCCAGGAGCAUGCUUGUAUACUCGAACACAAUCAAUGCUAUCUUGUGAUGGUUCUCAUCGGCAUACCAGGAGACUUUGUCCCUGUGCAUAGUGCAUCAUCACCUUGGUGAGUUUGGUUCUUUUAUUGACUAUUAGGAAUUUUUUUCAAUGUCAGAAGAUAACUGCAUUGUUGCUGUGAUCUUGUUAGAAUAUUGGUGGGACAGUUUCAGAGUCGAAUCAUGUCUUAAGUCGGGCUAUUUAUUCCCGAGUACUUCUUGAAGGCGUCAGACUUUCAGGAGACAAAUUUUUGCAUUGGACCUAUAAACGUACCUGUUGGUGUUUCGAUAUGAAUUUGUUAGGACAGAAAUGUAUAGGGUUGCACGUGUCUUGACAUUGUUGUAUAAUAUUAGAUGCAAAAUGCCAUUGACAUGCUAAUUUAAGUUCAAAUUGUGGAAAUGGGAACUUUUUAUCCCUGUCAAUGGGGUGAAAUCAAGGGGAAAAUGUUAUUACCUGCAAGCAAAGCAUUGAAUUCUGACUUUGCUUCCAAGUAAACUGAUAGCGUAAGCUAUGUUUUGGAGUUCUUUUAAAAAUUCUCGUCUUGAAUAAGAGGGAUAUGGUUUCAAUGUUGAUCA